GCUACAUCUUGGACACGUCGCUUUCCUCAGCCUCAUUCGCAAUCGCUCACAGCUCAUUUCAGCCGUCUCAUUCUGUGGACAUUCUGAUUGGUUUCUUUUGCUCAGCGUUCCUUAGCUUUUUCACGUGGAUGUAUUAUUCAGCCAACACAUAUUUAUUAUGCCUGUUUUUAUUUUCCUGGUUUGUAUCAUUCUCACUAUCAACUGUUCUGGCAUUUGUUUAAACGCAUCACUUCUCCACACUGAUUGGACACUACUCGUCGUUUUUAAUGGUCGCUCAUCAGAAGGUUACCCCCAGGGAUUAACUCCGCAGACACUAUUUUCUUUGCCGCACUUCAUUGGCUCGUAAUUUUCGCGAUUCUCAUUUGCUUGUUCCAUUUUGUGUUUUCUCCAUGCCUGUUGGACCUCAUGCGUUUAGUAGCUUGGCUUCGCCCUUGUUGUAAAGCUAUAUAACUGGUGCCGUACUGCAAUAGAAAAUCUGUUCAUCCCGGCUCAUCUUGGACUUCUUCUUGCGGUCGUGGGGCGAAGGCGUACUGGGCGUCACAACAUAUUCUUCUGGCGACGAGAAGUGGUGAACUAUGUCGGUUUCGUUCGAGCAAUUGCAGACUUUACUUCAACAGCAACAAUUGCAAUUUGAGAAAUCGCAAAGGCAGCUGAUCGAAUUGCUUACACAGAAAUUGAACCUUCAGACAGAACCCCCGACGACGACGAUUGCACGAUCAUCAGUGGACGCCCUUACUGCAUCAAUCACAGAAUUUGUUUUCGAUGGAUUGAGUGGUGUAACCUUCGAUUCAUGGUUUAAGAAGUAUGAGGAUAUUUUUCGAGUGGAGUUUGCUGACCAAGAUGAUGCCUGGAAAGUUCGAUUGUUGUUGAGAAAACUUGGAGCAGUGGAGCAUGAACGCUACACAAAUUUCGUGUUGCCGAAAAACGCAAGGGACUUCAGCUUUGAUGAGACCGUGAGAACUUUGACGCAGAUCUUCAGUGAGCAAGCCUCUUUGUUCAGCAUUCGGUACAAUUGUUUGAAGUUGGUCAAACGCGAUGUUCAUGACUUUGUCACUCAUGCUGGGAUUGUGAACCGCGAAUGCGAACGAUUCAAACUGGGCACGAUGACUGCGGAUCAAUUUAAGAGUCUUAUUUUUGUGUGCAGUCUCCAGUCCCACGCUGAUGCCGAUAUUCGCACACGAAUUUUACACAAGCUUGAACAGGAACCACAACUGACGUUGCAGGAUAUCACUACAGAAUGCCAGCGGCUGAUUAAUUUGAAGCACGAUACAAAAAUGGUUGAAACUGGUGAUCACAGAAUUGAACCCCAAAUUUGUCGUACAGCUAUCCGACGUAAAGGAAUGAAUCGAACUGGAUCAACUCAGAAGCCCCCGACCGCAUGUUGGAAUUGUGGCGCCUGGCAUUUUGUGAGAGAUUGCACAUAUAAAACGCACCAAUGUCAGAAGUGCAGACGGAUUGGCCAUAAGGAAACCCACUGCCGAGUUGUGAACAAUUUCAAACGUUCUUUUCCCCCCAAAAUGCGCGUAAAUCCCAAUUUUAGAAGAGCCAAUUUUCACGGACCGGCCGCAAAGAUAAUCCUCGCCGCCUUUCGCACAGAACUUGAACGCAAGAGAAAGUACGUGUCAGUAAAAGUCAAUGGUGUUCCUAUCACGUUGCAGCUGGAUACAGCGUCCGACAUUACAAUCAUCUCGAGAUCAGUCUGGAAGAGGCUUGGGAGACCAGCAUUCAAACGCACAACCCUGACGGCUAAAAAUGCAUCUGGGGGACCACUGAGAUUAGAUGGCGAGAUUGAGUGCGAAGUCAGCUUCAAUGGCUUGAAUCUUCGUGGCACGAUUUACUUGGUUACGAGCAGUGACGUAAAUCUGCUCGGCAUCGAUUGGAUCGAGAAGCUGCAUCUACUCGACGUACCAUUGAGUCACAUUUGUUCUGAGAAUAAUGUCGCGGUGCUUCGUACAGCCGUAUCGAAUCAGCCGGGUCAAAGUAUUGCAGAACUGCUUCAAUCGAAGUAUGCAUGUGUAUUUCAAUCAGAGCUUGGACAUUGCACGAAAAUGCAGGCAAAGCUUACCUUGCUUCCUGAGGCAAAACCAGUGUUCCGACCCAGACGUCCAGUCCCUCACGCAUCCCAAGAACUAGUGGAGCAUGAGCUUGAUCGAUUACAGCAGGCCGGAGUGAUCGAGCAAGUCAGUUUCUCACAAUGGGCGGCGCCUAUCGUUGUGAUCAGAAAACCGAAUGGCUCAGUUCGUUUAUGUGCAGAUUUUUCAACCGGCUUGAAUGCUGCAUUAGAACCCCAUCAGUACCCGCUUCCACUCCCAGACGACGUGUUUGCAAAGCUGAAUGGAGGCAAGUACUUUGCUACUCUGGAUCUGGCAGACGCUUAUUUGCAACUGCAGGUCGAACCGGAAAGCAGAAAACUUCUGACCAUCAACACGCAUCGCGGCCUUUACCAGUAUAAUCGUUUGCCAUUUGGAGUAAAAACUGCACCUGCAAUCUUUCAACAAGUUAUGGACGCUAUGUUGACUGGCUUGACGGGAGCAGCAGCCUAUCUAGAUGAUAUCAUCAUAAUGGGCGGAACCCAGGAGGAAUUGUUUCAACGAUUGGAUGACGUGAUGAUGAGAAUUAAGGAAUAUGGAUUCCGGUUGCGAGCUGACAAAUGCAAAUUUUUCCUGAAAUCCAUCAAGUUCCUGGGUUUCGUGAUUGACGAGAACGGUCGACGGCCUGAUCCUGAAAAUAUCGAGGCCAUAGACAGAUUACCGGCACCAACGGAUGUCACAACCUUGCGCUCAUUCCUUGGGAUGGUUAGUCAUUAUAGUGAGUUCCUACCUUGCAUGCAUCGAUUACGUCAUCCUUUAAACCAAUUGUUGAUGAAAGAUGUUGAAUGGAACUGGUCCGCACAGUGUCAAGAAGCUUUUGACAAACUCAAAUCUCUGCUGAAAUCAGAUUUGCUCCUUACGCAUUACAAUCCGAAGCAGGAGAUUGUCGUGGCUACGGAUGCUUCGAGUUAUGGAAUUGGUGCUGUCAUCUCACAUCGCUUUCCAGACGGGUCCGAAAAGGCUGUGGCACAUGUGGCACGAGCGUUGACCGCAUCUGAAAAGAACUACAGUCAAAUUGAGAAGGAGGCGUUGGCUAUUAUCUUUGCCGUACAGAGAUUUCACAAGAUGAUAUAUGGCAGAAGAUUCACGCUGGUGACUGACCACAAACCGCUUUUGGCAAUCUUUGGAUCUAAGAAAGGCAUUCCGACAUAUACAGCCAGUCGACUUCAGCGCUGGGCAACUCUGCUCCUGGGGUAUGAUUUUGGCAUGCGGUAUUUGUCCACUGAUUCUAUUGGACAAGCGGACGCCCUGUCCAGACUGAUCAAUACCGGUAGACGCGAUCAAGAAGACGCAGUCAUUGCAUCCAUUGCAGCCGAAUCGGACGUCAGCUACAUGAUACAAGACGCAGUGUGUAACUUGCCAGUGAAUGGUUUAAUGGUUGCGCAAGCCACUAAACAGGACGCUGUGCUACAAGAAGUAUUAACCUAUACAAGAAGUGGAUGGCCAAAGAAGUGUCCGAACGAAGCUUUGACCCAGUUCUUCACAAGGCGAGGCGCAUUGUCGGAAGUUGAUUCCUGUCUGUUUUUCGCAGAUCGCAUAGUCAUUCCAGAAGUGCUCAGACAACGCAUACUAAGAGAGCUGCACAAGGGCCAUCCAGGAAUCGCCCGCAUGAAGGCACUCGCUCGCAGCUACGUCUUUUGGCCGAUGAUGGACAGCCAAAUUGAGGAUAUCGGUCGAUCCUGUUCCAGAUGCAUCAGUGCAUCCAAACUGCCGGUGCGUGUGCCAUUGCAAUCUUGGUCGAAUCCAGGAUCUCCCUGGUCGCGCAUACAUGUUGAUUUCGCAGGACCAGUCGAGGGUGUGGAAUUUCUUGUGAUGGUUGACGCGUACAGUAAGUGGCCGGAAGUGAUCCGGAUGAAAACCACGUCCUCAAACAGCACGAUCUCGGAAAUGAGACAUGUAUUCAGUCAGCAUGGCCUACCAAAAACCGUUAUUUCCGACAACGGAUCGCAGUUUACGUCCUAUCAAUUCGCCGAGUUUUGCGCACAAAAUGGAAUCGAGCACGUGAGGACAGCACCAUAUUAUCCACAGUCAAAUGGCCAAGCGGAAAGAUUCGUUGAUACCCUGAAAAGAGCACUUUUGAAGUCAAAAGGCGAGGGAACGUUGGACGAAAGACUGGACCGGUUCCUAUUGAAUUAUCGAGUAACUCCCAAUCCCAAUGCACCCGAUGGGAAGUCACCAGCUGAAGUCCUAAUGGGUCGCAGAUUGAGAACUACACUGGAUUUGCUGACACCCAGGCGUCCUCUCCCACAAACAAGGAACUUAGCAAUGGAGCAGCAAUACAACAGGCGGUACGGAGCACGGAGAAGGAUGUUCAGAGUUGGCGAAUUUGUAUCUGCAGCGGCUAUUCAGGGACGGCGGAUCAGCUGGAUACCAGGACGCAUCGUGCGACGUCGGGGGCGGGUGAUGUACGAUGUUCAAGUUGGUGCGCAGGUAUGGAGACGUCACGCAAAUCAGCUGAAACCGAGGUGUACACUGGAAGGUGAUGUUCAGAAUGCCAACAGAUUUGAUGUUAAUGAGUUGCUUGACAAUGGUAAACCAAGUGCUUCUUCACGCCGAGAAUUUCAACCAAGGGAAUGCCCGGAACAAGAAGGUCGGAACAGACCCCAACGAACAAGAAAAUUUGUACAGCCAUUUCAAGUGGACCCGCGUCGAAAAAGCUAUGUUCCGUACAGGUAACUAACUUUUUAGAAGGGGGAGAUGUUAGGGGGCUGGCUACUUAACCCUCAGUUUCAUGAAUUAUUUUAGUUGCCUAUUUCUUUGUUUGCGCAGUUACCUGCUUCUCUGCUACAUUUUGGACACGUCGCUUUCCUCAGCCUCAUUCGCAAUCGCUCACAGCUCAUUUCAGCCGUCUCAUUCUGUGGACAUUCUGAUUGGUUUCUUUUGCUCAGCGUUCCUUAGCUUUUUCACGUGGAUGUAUUAUUCAGCCAACACAUAUUUAUUAUGCCUGUUUUUAUUUUCCUGGUUUGUAUCAUUCUCACUAUCAACUGUUCUGGCAUUUGUUUAAACGCAUCACUUCUCCACACUGAUUGGACACUACUCGUCGUUUUUAAUGGUCGCUCAUCAGAAGGUUACCCCCAGGGAUUAACUCCGCAGACACUAUUUUCUUUGCCGCACUUCAUUGGCUCGUAAUUUUCGCGAUUCUCAUUUGCUUGUUCCAUUUUGUGUUUUCUCCAUGCCUGUUGGACCUCAUGCGUUUAGUAGCUUGGCUUCGCCCUUGUUGUAAAGCUAUAUAACUGGUGCCGUACUGCAAUAGAAAAUCUGUUCAUCCCGGCUCAUCUUGGACUUCUUCUU